CCGCCCCAGGCACCACCUCCCGCGAGCCCGCGGCAGUCCUCCCUGCCGCCGCCGCCGCCAUCAUGAUCUGCCUGGUGCUGACCAUCUUCGCCAACCUCUUCCCAGCGGGCUGCACCGGCGUGCACGAGCGCACCUUCGUGGCCGUGAAGCCUGACGGCGUGCAGCGACGACUGGUGGGCGAGAUCGUGCGGCGCUUCGAGCGGAAGGGCUUCAAGCUAGUGGCGCUGAAGCUGGUGCAGGCCUCUGAGGACUUGCUGCGAGAACACUACACGGACCUGCGCACCCGGCCUUUCUAUGGGCGCCUGGUGCACUACAUGGGCUCGGGCCCAGUGGUGGCCAUGGUGUGGCAAGGGCUGGACGUGGUCCGAGCCUCUCGGGCGCUAAUUGGGGCCACCGACCCAGCCGACGCGAUGCCUGGGACCAUCCGAGGGGAUUUCUGCGUGGAGAUCGGCAAGAACGUGGUUCACGGCAGCGACUCUGUGGAGAGCGCUCGCCGUGAGAUAGCGCUUUGGUUCGACACGAAAGAGCUGCUGUGCUGGGAGGACAGCGCGGCGCACUGGCUGUACGAGUAGUGGCUUCUGGGGCGACGCUGGCCUGCCCUUGGGGCCCCUCUGACCCGCUGCUGCACAAAUCGGCCAGCAUGACCUCGGUGGACAUGUCGAUGUGCUAUAGACAAAUGUGUUCCACCCUGUCUGCUAACCCCUUCAGCAGAACCCAGGGACAUUCAGGCCACCUGAGGUGGGGGCUCCCCAAACUACUGACCACAACUUCCUACUGCUUCCCACCCAGGCGUGGCCCCCCAUUUUCCUGUGACAAUAAAGGAAGGCAGCUCUGGACGCUGACCUGGCAUGGACCAAGA